CUGUACGUUGGCAAAAACAUUUCAUCAAAAAAAAAAUAUUCAAAGAAUCUGAACUGAAAAAUCACCUCCAAAUCGCGGUGGGAGGGAAAGGCGAAAGGCGGAUAAUUUAUUCUAUUCUUUAUAGUUGCAAUGUUACAAUAGUGAUUCAAUAAAUUUGACGCCAACCUAAACCCCGGUCAUGUAAUAUCCCGAUUUAACUUAAAAAUAUUGUAGGGUUAGCUUUCUAGAGUUUUAUUUUGUUCAUACAAAAACCGGAAGUAUGGGAGUCAUAAUAAGUAGAUUUAGGAAAAAACCGAGUACAAUUGAUGUACUAACGAAACUUGAAGAUGAAAUCACUUCCAUCGAAGAGUUCCAGCAAAGAACCAAACAGACUCAACGCAAGAUAGUUUUUAGGUUUCUCAUCUUAGCAAUAAUUAUUUAUGCAGCACUGGCCUUUCUUUUAUAUUUGUAUUUUUCACAAAUAUCACCAAAUCAAUGGUUUUUGUGCAGUAUACCACUAAUCGCUUUUCCUCUUGUCAUAUGGUUCAUUAAGAAGUUCUUAACGUGGUACUACAACAGGAAAAUAAAAAAAAAUGAAAACAAACUAGUGUCGCUGAAAGAAAAAAAGAAAAAAAUUCUAGAAAAUGUUAUGGAAAAUGAAACUUAUAAGGUUGCAAAGCAGAUAUUGGACAAAUUUGCAAAUGAACCAAAAAAACCUUUGGUUUUACCCACACCAGUGGUUCAAAGGGGUACUCCGAUGCCCACAACUGCACCAGAUACAGCUCUGAGACAAAGGUAUGCAGCAACUCAAAACCUUUUAAGGGGUCGAGCGUCUUUUGGGGGUGCUGCAGAGACUCCCGUACCUCCACAAAGACAAUUAGCCCUACAACAAUCUAGUAAUGUGUUGCAACAGACUCCAAUAAGAAUUCAACCUGUGAGAAGUCCGCCGUCAAUUGUCACCCCAAUCCUACCUAGAGGUAUCUUACCCAAAAACCGGUCAAUUUUGGAUAAGAUGGUCGAUUUUCUUGUCGGAGACGGACCGUCCAAUAGAUAUGCGUUGAUUUGUCACAGUUGUAGUGGUCAUAACGGUAUGGCACUAAAAGAAGAAUUUGAAUAUUUCUCUUUCCGGUGUGUUUAUUGCAAUACUUUUAAUCCGGCCAGGAAAAAAAGGCCAGAGGGUCCUAAAUUCGACAGCCCACUUAUGUUGACACCCGCAAGACAACCAGAUGAAUCUCAGUCUGAGGAUGAAUCAAGUUCAUCUGAUUCUGAGCCAAUCGUAGAGGAGCCUCCGAGUGACUCUCCUGAGCCGCCCAUGCGAUCAGAUUCCGAAAGCGAAUCAAAAAUGGAGGUGGAAGAAUCGGAACCCGCGAAAACUGCCAAAGUCACGGAGAGCGGCGAUGCCGCCCACCCAAUAAAUCAAGACUGAUUUUAAUUUAUUUAAUUUAUUAUUCGGGUUCAGAUUGUUUUGUUUUUUAAUGUUUUUUUUUUACCUUUUCGGGGAGCAUGAAUGAAUGCCUCGAAUCACAUAUUGACUGAUCGGUCAUUAUCGUGACCUUUUUGUCAUAUGUCAUUUGAAAUGGCAGUUCAUUUGUCAAAUUACUUUGAGUCAAUAUUUUUUUGAAGACUAGAGUAAGCCAAGUGUCUUACAUUCUAUUAUUUAAUCGUUUUUGUUUUACGUGCAUGUAAUAUACGUCGUCUUUAACCAUUUGUAGGAAAGUUUAAUCAAUGGUUUUGGUUUUUCUAAAGGAAUGUUUUUAACGGUGAUGUUUGUCUUUCUCGCACUUAUUAAUAAAAACUUGCUUUUUUGUUA